AUGGCGUCUGGGCCGGUGAGAUAUGUGCGGUAUAUUCUAUUCGUGUUCUUUGGGUUGAUAGUCAUCUUCUUCGUUUCGGAUUCUAGAAUACCACUUCCUUACAGUGGAAGUUUAACGUCGAAAUGGAAUCCGAUCACUCACAGCACCCAGUGUGCGCCUAUUUCUGCAGCUGAACGCAUGAAUGCCACGUUUGUCACUUUGGCCCGCAACUCCGAUAUCUGGGAAAUCUCCAAAUCCAUCCGGCAGGUUGAGGACCGCUUCAACCGGAACUAUCAUUACGACUGGGUCUUCCUGAACGAUCAACCAUUCAAUGACGACUUCAAGAAGCUCACCACGGCGUUGGUUUCGGGUAAAACACAUUACGGCGUUAUCCCCAAGGAACACUGGUCAUACCCGUCGUGGAUCGAUAAGAACAAGGCGAAGAAAGUUCGUGAGGAGAUGGGCGAAAAGAAGAUCAUCUACGGUGAUUCUGAGAGCUAUCGACACAUGUGUCGCUAUGAAUCAGGCUUCUUCUUCCGCCACCCCUUGAUGCUGAACUAUGAGUACUACUGGCGCGUGGAGCCCAGUGUCAAGCUCUUCUGCGAUGUCGCCUUUGAUCCAUUCCGAGUCCUUCACGAAAACAACAAGUCAUACAGCUUUGUGAUCAGCUUGUACGAGUACUACGAGACCAUCCCGACGCUCUGGGAUAGUGUCAAGAAGUUUAUGAAAGACCAUCCAGAGCAUAUUGCCGAGGAUAACUCCAUGGCUUUCCUGAGUGAUGAUGGAGGGGACACAUAUAACAAGUGCCACUUCUGGUCUAAUUUCGAGAUCGGAAGCCUCGAGUGGCUUAGGUCGAAGGCGUACAUCGACUACUUUGACUCUCUUGAUAGGGACGGCGGUUUCUUCUACGAGCGAUGGGGUGAUGCUCCAGUCCACUCCAUUGCUGCCGGUCUGCUAUUGAGGAAGGAGCAGAUUCAUUUCUUCAACGAAAUCGCUUAUUACCACAUCCCCUUCACUCAUUGCCCAACCGGUGAACAGCUAAAGCUUGAUUUACGGUGCAACUGCAAUCCUUCUGAUAAUUUUGAUUGGAAAUCAUAUUCAUGCACAUCCCGCUUCUUCAAUAUCAACAACUACCAGAAACCGGAGGGCUACCAAGAUGAGCAAGAUAAAUGA